UCAAGUCACACCAAUAAACAACUGGUGUUUCUGCAACAACACGACCAGAACAAAUAAGUAAUCAAAAUAUCUAGAUCUGAUUGGCUGUCAAUCAUUCUAAUGAAAUCAAAUCGUGGACUUUUAUCUGAUCCUCAGCAAGAUAAUGUCCCAAGCUGAUGUCUCUUACAGCUGUGGGUCUUGCGGAUACCCUCUAAACUUAUCAUCUUUGAAUCGCAUCACCUCUGGCAUAGGAUCUGAGUAUCAGAAAUCCAUAAAGAAAGGUUUUAUCUCUUUCCUUUCUGUUGAUCUAAGUCGAUUCACACAGGUUGAUGAGGUGAAUUGCUUUCCUGUAUCUUGGGGACGUUAUGGUUCAAAAACUAAACUCUUAUGUCGUAAAUGUGGGGUUCAUAUAGGCUAUGGAUAUGGCUACUCACCUGCGCUUUGUGGUUUUGACUCCCCUAAUACAACUAGCUCAGCGUAUAAAAAGUUCACUAUAAAGGUCCGAGCGCUACAGCCUUCAGAAGAUUGCCAAUAAGGUUGAUAUGGAAGAUCCAUCUGGUGAUGGACGCACCUAUAUCAUGCACCUGCCUGAUGAUUGCCUCUGUCAUAUUUUCCAAGGGCUUCGAGGUUGCUCUGACCGUGUAUCUUUUGGUUUGACUUGCCAUCGCUGGCUUAAAAUUCAAAAUUUAUGUCGCAGAUCCUUGGAAUUCCAAUGUUCAUUCUCCCAACCCUCCCAGACUACUCUUAACAUUAAUUCCUACCAUCUCUACAGGCUGCUCACUCGUUUUCAGCAUUUAGAGUUUUUGUCUCUUUGUGGUUGCACUGAGCUACCUGAUUCGGGCCUAAACCAGUUGCAGUAUUAUGGUUCAAAGUUACAAACUAUUAUUCUGGAUUGUUGUUUCCGAAUCACUGAUAAUGGACUUUCCCAGAUUGGUGCUUGGUGUCCAUCUAUAACAAGUAUUAGUCUGUAUAGGUGCAAUGUUACUGAUGCAGGGUUAGAAAUUUUGGCUAAUGCUUGCUCAACUUUGAUGCAUGUGAAUCUUUCAUAUUGCUUACAAAUUUCUGACUGUGGGUUAAAAGUUCUUUCGCAAAGAUGCAGUCAACUUGGAGCAGUAAAGAUAUCUUGUUGUAGCGGUAUAACUGGUGUUGGCUUCAGAGGAUGUUCAGCAACUUUAGCUUAUAUUGAUGCUGAAUCUUGCAACCUUAGACCAGAGGGGAUAACAGGGAUUGUUAGUGGAGGUGGGCUAGAGAUUUUAAAUGUUUCUUCCAUAAACUGGCUUGGUCAAGGUGGAUUGGCAGCGAUUGGGACAGGAUAUGCCUCAAGGCUUAAAAUUCUUAACUUUCGAAUGUGCAGAAGUGUUGGUGAUGCGGCUAUUAUGGCUAUUGCGAAGGGGUGUCCCUUACUUAAAGAGUGGAACUUAGCAAUAUGCCAUGGGGUAGGGUUUUCAGGAUGGGAAUCUAUUGGAUUAAACUGCAAUAAUUUGGUGAAACUGCAUGUGAAUCGCUGUCGGAAUCUAUGUCCUCGUGGACUGGACGCUAUUAGAGAUGGGUGCAGACGGCUCUUGGUCUUAUACAUGAAUCAGAAUCCUCGAAUAUCUACAUAUUCAAUAGAGUUGUUUAAACUGUAUAGAGGUGACGUGGAGAUAAAGGAAGAAGAAAUAAUAUGUGUAGGGCCCGAUUGGAAGGAUCAUUAGAUGGGCAUUUGUGGGUACAUACUUUUCAAAGACUGAACUUGGUUAGUAUGCCAUUAAUGAAGCAGCAAUUCUGAUGAAUGUUAAGAUUUACUUUGGUAAGGUGGCUUAUUGUUGUUCAAUGAUACUAAUUGUAUCAACAUAAUAAUAACCUUUGAAUAGGCAUCUUAAAUGUGAUCUUUUCGC